CAGUCAGUUCGUGAUAACUGGGUGCAAGACGGAAUAUUAAAGGAGGUAACGCACUUGCAAAACGCGCUGCUAAUUUUGGUGUUUUUGUUUUUUUUCGUGAGCUUCUAAGCUUCUUGCGUAGUUCUCACUUCUCACCAUCAGUUCUGUACCAUUUAAAUGUGUAUUUGAUUUGAAACGAUAGUUAUUAGUUCUGGUUUUUCAUCAGUUUAUAACUGUUUAUUGAUUGUAUCGUAUUUAUCAUUUAUGUACUUACUGUAUUGUACAGUGUACAAUACAAUAUGCAGUGCCAGAAUGCAUCAUCAGCUGUGAAGUAUUGCCAGUGUUGUCAGUGCUGCAUGCGAAGUUGAAAUACACAUCGGAAUGUUCGACUUACUUUGGUGGAUUUUAAUUUAAUUUAAUUUGUUAAUCAAUGUUAUUGCUCAUCGUUGUUUUGGAACGAAUUGGUGUGGCUUCUAUUUUAUUGGUUUAUAGGAUCGAGAGCUGCAAUUCAAAACAUCAAUAAUUAUCUGUAUACUCGUAUUACGUGUGCGACGCGGAUAUCAUAAUUUAUUAUCUACCGUUUUCGCAAGUUUUUUUUGCUCUCCUGUCUUCACUUUUGUCUUAAUUGCGUUUGCACUGCAUGCGUUUGGAGUCUGUUUUGAGAGUUAUCGCUCCGCCUGCACCACCAUGUCCGUUGCAAGUUUCAAUGAGGAUGUGGAUGUUAAGGCAGAAGAGGCGAGGUUCCUCCCUGAAAAUGGACAUUACUCGCCUCGAUCAAGGAGCUUUCAUACGAAAUCCUCCAUCGUCUCCAGUCAUUACGACGUCCAUCCCGAAUUGGUCGGGAUGGAGAACCUGGACGCCAUUACACUGAGUUGGCAUAACGUGAAUGUGUGGCUGCCGCCACCCCGGAAGCGUCCCUGCACAUCCCGGUCAGUGGAAGAAGCCCGGGAACCGAAGCAGAUUUUGAAAAAUGUCAGCGGAUUGGUGCGUCCCGGCGAGUUGCUGGCAAUUAUGGGCGCUAGCGGUGCUGGAAAGACGACAUUGCUCAAUGUGCUCAAUGGACGUAAUCGCGGUAAAUUAAAGCUGGAGGGUGCAAUAUGCAUAAACAACCGGAAAAUCGGGAAGGCUAUCACCAGUAUUUCAGCGUAUGUGCAGCAGGUGGAUCUCUUUGUGGGAACGCUGACGGUACGCGAACAUUUGAUAUUCCAAAGCGAAGUGCGCAUGGACAAGCACAUCUCCAAAGAAAACCGUUUACGCCGCGUCGAUGAGGUCAUCGCGGAGCUGGGUUUAGCCAAAUGUGCCAACACAAAAAUCGGAAUUCCCGGACGAAUAAAAGGCAUUUCGGGAGGAGAAAUGAAGCGGUUGGCCUUUGCAUCCGAAGUAUUAACAGAUCCGCCGCUGAUGUUUUGUGAUGAGCCGACAUCCGGUCUGGACGCGUUCAUGGCGCAGAAUGUGGUCAGUGUGCUGCGUGAUAUGGCCGCCAAGGGAAAGACCGUCUGCUGCACCAUUCAUCAACCCUCCUCCGAGGUGUUCGCCAUGUUUGACCGGCUGCUGCUCAUGUCCGAGGGUCGUGUGGCUUACCUGGGGAAUUCUCAUCGUGCUAAACACUUCUUCGCCGAAUUGGGUUAUCCGUGCCCACCAAAUUUCAAUCCGGCUGAUCACUACAUUCAUAAAUUGGCCAUUAUACCGGGACGGGAAGCGGAGUGUAAGGAGAGGGCGGAGAAGGUGUGUGAUGCCUUUGAGAAUUCGGAACGCGGUCGGAAGAUCUUGACGGCUACCAAGGAAAUCCACAAUAAUGAACUUCCGGCUGGAAGUAUGGCCAAGAAGUCAGCAUAUAAAGCUAACUGGUUUCGACAGUUCGCCGCGGUGAUGUGGCGGUCGGCUUUGAGUGUUGUACGGGAACCACUUAUUGUGAAAGUGCGGUUGAUUCAGACGAUCUUCAUUGCUCUUUUGCUGGGAAUAAUAUUCUUAAGGCAAGAAAAUACGGCCGAAGGAGUGCAGAAUAUCAAUGGUGCCAUUUUUCUUUUCUUGACUAACAUGACUUUCGGUAAUUUGUUCGCUGUGAUCAACGUUUUUACCCAAGAACUGCCAAUAUUUUUGCGAGAACAUUUCAAUGGCAUGUACAGAGUGGAUGUCUAUUUUUUGUCAAAAACACUGGUGGACGUUCCUACUUUUAUUAUUUUACCAUUUAUUUUUACGUGUAUUGCUUACUGGAUGAUUGGACUCAAUCCGACGGUGGAAGCUUUCUUGAUUGCCUGUGCCAUUGUCAUUCUCUUCACAAAUGCAGCUGUUAGUUUCGGAUAUUUGAUUUCCUGUGUGGCGGGGACGGAAAAUUUGGCUUUAGCAUUGGCGCCCACGCUCUUUGUGCCUCUCAUGUUGUUUGGUGGAUUCUUCUUAAACAGCGGAACAGUUCCCAAAUAUUUUAUAUGGCUUGCGUAUAUAUCGUGGUUCAAGUACGGCAACGAAGCCUUGGUGGUCAAUCAAUGGCGCGAUGUGACGGAAAUCCAUUGCACAAGGAAUGUAUCGUGCCCGCACGACGGGAUGGCGGUAUUACAGCAGCUGCAUUUUAAUCCCGAUAACCUCGUCUUUAACAUCUACAUGCUGUUUGUCCUCAUCAUUGGAUUUCGAUUAGCGGCUUUUUUUGCACUGCUGCUGCGCGCACGAAAGAAUUGAUUUACUUAUUUAAUCUUAAAGCCGGUUAACGCAUUGCUGGUCUGUCGAAUACGAAUUACCUGUUUUUCUAGUAUUUGAUCCCGACAUGACAAUAAUUUGGACUUUUUCCGUCCAGUUUUGCGGUGAUUCAUUAAGUUCCUUUAAUUUAUUGUGAAUUCGGUACACCCCGUGUGAUUGAUUGAUUUUGUGUUACAAAUGAUUGCUGUACUGGAAUUAUUUUCACAGAUACGGUUCCCGGUCGCAUUUUGGAAUGUGACUGAAAAUUGCAAUAAACGCUUUGCAUAC